UAACAAAAUGGCUGAACACGUUACGCGGACCAUUGCGGAGAAACGGACCAUCUGAUUGGUCCUAACGAUUCAUUUCAGCCAAUCAGAAAAAUUCUAGCGAAUGUUACUAAAACGUCGCGAAUUACGUCACGUGAUGUCAUGCAACACGUGUUCUCCAUUUUGACUCGAAAUCCGCUUAAACGUUUCGGUACAAAUAAAUAUUUUCUAUACGCGUUACUGAUUCAUAAUGCGACGUUAUCUCCUCAUAUAAUCAUUCGCCUUGUUCCUACUUUCUUGUUCUUUGGUUCCGUAUCAUCGAUACGCCGGGAACCAUGAUAAUAUUCGUCGACGUUUAUUUCGUCGCGAUUAGCCAAUUCUGAGACGAAGAAUCUCUGCAAUAUACUAUCCCGUUUGCAAACAUGCGAUAUUUUUGAAUCUAUUAGCUAUCCACCGAACAUAAGUACAUACACAUAUCAGUGAUUAGAUCAGCUUUGUCAACCAUUGUCAACGAAAACGACUUACCAUUUACGAGGUAUUUACAACCUCGGACAGGUAGAAUAUUGAAAGCUGUGUUGUAGUAGUAGGAGGAUUACUAUUUAUGUAAUCGGUUAGACAUGUCCUGUCAAAUCAAAGGAAUAGCUAAUUUGAUCAAUAUAAGUAACAUUAAGGAAGUACUUUUUGGAGAUUCUUCCAGAAGAUUUGACGUUUCGCAAAAUGAGUUACCUCUGCAAGAUUGUUUUAUAUCGUUGUCGUCGACGGGAGAUGUUCUCGCCAUGGCAUAUAAUACGAAGAUGAUCAUAUUAAUUUCAAGAUGGGAUUCUUUAGAGCCCGACGAGACAAAAAACAAAUUCCAUAUGAUAUGGUAUGGAGAAAUAGCAAAGGAGCCGAACGAUUGGGUAACGUCUGUGAUCUGUUUGCCAUUAUUAUCUUUGGGUAAAGCCAGCGGUGGCUCUAAUCCAGAUUGGACAUGUAUUAUAGUUGGUCUCAAUUCUGGUUUUAUUAAGUUUUACACAGAGACAGGUGCGCUAUUAUUAGGAGAGCAACUGCAUAAUGAACCGGUCAUAGGAUUAAAAUGCCAGUCUUUUCGUUCGCCGAAACAUGUAGGAGACGCUGGUAUAACCGAAGAAGUUCAUGUAAUUUACAACAGCGUUUUGUGCGUGUUGCAAGGGUUCCCACUGUUUUCGACGCUCAGAGCAUGCAGGAAUCAUUUAGCCAGAGUUAAAGCAAAUUGCGACGACCUACCUCCUAUCACAAAUUUAUCGUAUAAGAAGUGGGGGUACAGAAGCCAGGAUAUCGUAAACGACUCCGAAGUAAUUGGCACUACAUCUGUAAAUAGUUUCGAUCAUCUAAUGACCGCUUCGAUAUGCGGUGGAUAUACAGCAUCUUACAGAUCUAGCGCACCCCAACAUAAUCUAGUAAUUGCAACUGGCAAAAGACCAUUUGCUGGUUUCCAUUAUGCGUUAGAAGGUGGUGCAGCCCCGGUGUUGUCCGAUGUUGCAAUAGCAAUGGCCAACAAAUUAGCGAAUGCUAUUGGAACUGCCGUUCCUUGGCUUCCGCUCGGUUGGGGAAAUUCGAAAAAUCAUGCUUCCCCCGAGGCACCCAAGACUAACGCUCACGAGCCAAUCGAGCCAAUGACUUGUAGAUUUGGUCUGAGCGAUAUUACACGCGAGGGUUAUUCGGUGGUGUCCAGCCCGAACAAAUUAUUAUCCGUGAUAUCAGAUGCAAUGGGCAGGGUAAUAUUGAUAGACAAUAGACACGGUAUAGCGGUAAGAAUGUGGAAGGGAUAUCGCGAUGCUCAAUGUGGAUGGAUCGAAGUAGAAGAAGAGAAACAUCCUGAAAAGAAUAAAGCAUUUACUAAAUUUAAGCAAACUUCGCAUUUACGUUCCGCGUUGUUUUUAGUUAUUUAUGCUCCUAAAAAGGGCGUAAUAGAUAUAUGGAGUACUCAACAAGGUCCUAAAAUUACAACGUUCACUGCUAGCAAGCAUGGAAGAUUACUUUAUAUCAAUUAUGGACUUCUUGGUACAAAUGAUAACGCACAUUUGCCCAAGAACAAACCCCAAUACUCGUGUGUUUUCAUGGAUCCAUUAGGAGGCCUGAAAGAAAUUACUGUCCCAUUUCAUUUCGCCCUUACCAGUCAAAAUGGAAAGAGAGCACGCGAUAUACAUCUCUUGAGAAAAUUGAAGACAUUCUUGCGCGAAGAAGAGUUCGAUCAUGAGAAAUUAAUAUCAGUAAUCAGCAGUAUAUGUGCAGACUUGAAGACUAAUGAAAUCAAAGUACAAACGAUAGAAAUGUUGAUGAUAAAUAAACACAUUAUACCCGAUGCUUUGCUCGCGGCUACAGAUUGCUUUAUUCAAAAAUUUGAUAUACACGACAAAGAAGAAAUGGAACCGACAGAGAAGACAUUGUAUCUAUUAACAACGCAGUUGCAACAAGUGAUUAAAUUUUAUAAACAUAUUCAGUCGCACUUCGAUAGUCUAGAAGAUCAUAAUCUUACCAACGACGACGAUGUUAGCAGUAAAGAACUAGCGUCAAUUUUAUUAACUUCUGAAGUCGAAGUCCAUAGGAUUUAUGAACUAUCCGAUAUAAUAAAUAAUUUUAAAUGUUCAAGCCCUAGGGGGGAAACCAAAGUGAAGUUCAAAGAAAAUGGGAGGAUUUUCUUGAAUUUCUUAUCUUGCUUUGAGUUUGGACUUCUGGGAUUGGUAAAUGUUAAGAAGAACACAAAGCCAGAGAAGAAACUUCAAGUUUCACGGUUGAUGUACGAAGGAAGUAUUUAUUCGAACGAUAGCGUCGAAGCUUGGAAAGAAGCUGCAGUGAGCAGUAACAUCCAGCCUUUUGCCUUACUGGAAUUUGCGUUAAUCCACUGGUUAAAUAGAAAGAGAGAGAUGCCUUUAGGACUGGAAUUAAAACAAUUUGUGCAGCUAUUAAAUGUUAUUUGUUCGAUGAACAACGUUGAAGAAAUAUGUGGCGAAAACAAUGAAGUAUCUUCAUGGUGGAGAAAUGUCCGGACCAUUCUCUCGGAUUCCACGAACCCGUUCAAUGCACUUACCGCUGCAUUGGCAUGUAGAGCAGUUGCUACGUCUUUGGAGAAAUAUAGGGAAAAGGGUGCUAGUAAUAUUGCAGACGAUAGAUGCAACGAAGGGAAUGUCGAUCAAAAUAGGGGCGAUUCGAUGGAUGUGGAGGAAGCACAAGAUCCUGUGUCCGACAUAAAGUUGAACGACGAUGUAUAUAAUUUAACGAGCGAAUGGGAAAACGUUACUAAAGAUAAUUGUCAAUUUACAUUGUAUAUUGGAAAUCUUGAGGACAUUACAAUUUUAGAUGCAAUCGUUAGUCAGAAGCCACUUUCGGACGACACGACGCAAUUCUUUGCUUUACCGUUUACCAAAGUUGAUAUCUCUUUAGGAUCGGUGCUGUCAAGAGGAAAAGGCUUCGUCUCGGAGAUUGUCGCGAAAUGGAUCGUUUCAACGGGUAUAGAUCCAGCUCAAUUACCAGACACCGAAUCCGAUCAGCAACUGUUAACAAACGACACCUUAGGAGUCACAAGUUCCUCGGACGAGCCGUGUAACACGGAUACAGUCUCGCAGCAUGAUACGGAACAACCUUUACCAUCCUCGUUACCAUGCAACGAGACCGAAAGCGAAGCUAGAGACGAUCCAACUGCUACUACAAGUAUUUUAGAACGAAUUGCACUGUUGAAGCGUCAUUUUCCAUACAGUUUGACGAGUAGCGUUUUAUUAGCUAACGUGUGUUGGGAGUUUGCUAUGUCGUGGAACAAGGACAUUUCUCAAAUGAAGUCUCUCGAAAGCGCGUUAGUCGUGUUACGGCAAAUACCGAUGAAACAGAUGAGGCACGGUGUUUGCUGUCUGUUAUGGUCAGUUCAUAUAAAGAAGCGAAUGGAAUCUGUUGCGAAAUUAAUGAACAAGCUUGGGAAACUACCGAAAGAGAGGCUGUGCAUGCAGGAGGUUGGCUUGAACGAUUCACAGAUAGUUACGUUCUUACAGAAUUCUCUUAUGUUCUUGGAGAUAUUCGUAGAUUGCGAGAUACUAGAGGCAGGAGAGAAUAGCGCAGUGAAAUCGGAAGAAUUGUGGGAAGGUUGUGGUUCCGGUCCACAGCCGUUCGCAGCAUUGGCAAUUUCUCAAACGCCGGCAUGGUACGAUCUGGUAAUUUUACAUAUACAAUUAGCCAACGUGUUGUACAUGAUGGCACAUUUUAAUCUAAAAGUAGCAAAACCAUUGAACAACUUGUUCGAACCUGUGGUGCAAUUGUAUUUCUUCCAAACUCUGACGGACAAAGUGAUGUUGACGUGGUACAGGGACGAUAAGCGAGAUAGUUUGAGGACAGAAUUUUUAUGUCGAGUAAUCACCGCGUCGAUGGAUCAUAUUCAUCGAGAAACCGCCAAUGGCAAGGCAGUGAGCUCGAUGCAAGCCAUCGAAUGGAUGAGCAGAUGCCAGAACCUAGCUUCCAUGUGGAAAAUUAAUAACGACGAACUGAGGAUACAUCAAGUCGGCGAAUUAUAUGUAAACGGUUUCGAUCAGCUGGCGGAGGACGUUGUCGCAGCUGUGAACGAUACAGAAAAAUUAGCAGUGAAUCUGCUACCGAUCGUUGGAAGAAGAAUGAUGGCGUACCUCUCGAGAGCGCCCGAUCUUCUGGAAGAAGUAACCCGUUUAAAUCCUGCGCUCACCUUGUAUCUACAGAGCGUGGACGUACCGGAAGUGAUCUGUACAAAUUGCUCGAACGACGAGACCGUCGAGUUGAUCCGACGAGUUUCGAGGUGCUUGCCCGAAACGCAUCCCGAGUACCAUCUCGUGCAACUGAUGUUGGAUGCGACAUUCAUUUACGAGGGCGCAACAUGAUGUACGACUCGACGCACGACGUAAGACGACUCGAUUAAAGGUAGCCUGUGUAGCCAGGAGUUUGUUCAAUAAAGUUUUUGCUUUCGAUCAAUUUUCAA